AGGACGGGUUGGUGGCGCUGCAGGCGGCCACGGGGCUGCCGUGGUGGGCCGCCAUCGUGGGCGGCGCCGCCCUGCUCCGCACCGCCGUCACCUUGCCGCUGGCCGCGCACCAGGGCCGCCUCCUGGCCAAGUUGGAAAAUUUGCAGCCUGAGAUUAAAAAACUAGCCGAGCGUCUUCGCUAUGAAGUUUCUGUUCGUGGAAAGCAACUGGGUUGGUCUGAAAAGGUGGCCAGGUUCCACUUUAAGAAAAACCUACGGAGGAUUAUUACAGAGCUGUACAUUCGAGACAAUUGCCAUCCCUUCAAAGCCACUUUACUGGUGUGGGUACAGAUUCCAAUGUGGGUGUGCGUGUCUCUCGCUUUACGAAACUGCAGUGUUGGUGCCAUAGGCUCGGAAGUUCAAGAACAGUUUUCAGCAGGCGGAGCAUUGUGGUUUACAGACCUCACAGCACCAGAUUCUACCUGGAUUUUGCCAGUUUCGCUUGGGCUUGUGAAUUUGCUGAUAGUGGAGAUCUUUGAUUCACAAAAAAAGGAAGUUUCCAGGUUCCAGAAGCUUGCUACAAAUUUCUUUCGAGUGGUGUCGGUAGUAAUGAUCCCUGUUGCUUCAACAGUCCCCUCUUCCAUGGCAUUGUACUGGCUGUCCUCGAGCUUCAUGGGACUUUCGCACAACCUGUUGCUGCGUUCUCCGACCUUUCGUCGACUGUGUUGCAUACCAAGGACCAAAUCUGACUCAGAUACUCCUUACAAGGAUAUCGCGUCUGCCUUGACUACUAAAUACAGUUUUAAGAAAUGAUGUCGUUUGAACUGUCAGAAGAGCUGUCCCACGAAUGUUGCACGGGUAAUUAAGUAGCACUAUUUUAUUGAGGUGUUCUUACUUACUGUGAAAUGUUGCAGCUGGAAUUAUAUUUAUUUUCCAAAUAAAGUAUUAACUGUCUGGCCAUAAAUUGUUCUUGAGCACAAAUGUAUGUUUAUUGUGAAGUUUUGUUUCAAGGAUGGCCAUAUUUGCAGUUGGAAUACUCCUGUAGUACAGGUUGUCUCCUGAAUUAUCAUAAGGAAUUAUGCAGAUGAAUAUUAAAUAAAACUGUGACUCGCCUUGGCUGCCUUCUUCUCGCGAAGCUGAUCUGACCUGUGGACUAGCAAACAAGUUUUGAGGUGAGGGAAAAGGCUGGAUGGACUGAUGCUGUAGUCAUUAGGUUUUUUGAAUUAAGAUACUGGUGCAGAUUGAUUGGUAAUCAGGUAUAGUCAUUUGAUGUUUGAUAGUCUUCACAGCAGUUCUGAUAGCUGAUUUUCUGUAAUUGCUAAGUAAACUAGGUUGUUGUCACUCUCUUACGUGUUAGAUUUGAUGUUAGGAGGACAAGUUUCUUGUAUUGUUUCUGGUGGUCACCUGCUGAGUGACAGCAUUCUGGCUGCAUGUAC